CGAUGCACAAACUUUUGGUGGCGAUGAUGGUGAUGAUGACUGUGACCGUUGCCCUUUCGCCGAGUACCAUCCACGAAAAAGAGCAAGUGCCAGUCGAUUU